GAAUGAAACAACAAAUAAAAGAAAUAUUUUGUGCAGUAUCAAACAUUCCUGUCAUCGAGCGUUUUACCUUUUUGUAAAUUUGUCUUUAUGCAAUGGGUGUAUGUACUGCAUGAUAAAUAAUAACAUUGCGCUUAUACUUAUGAGACGUAGAAACAUGUGAUGCGACAUGAUGUAAGGCGGGAGGGUGACAACUGAAGAAGAAUUGUAAAGAAUAUUGUGACUCGACGAGGUUUCUGAGAUGAGCGGUUUAUCGGAAGGCAACAGUUCCGAUAGUAGCGAUGAGUUUCUGGUAGAUCCAGAGAAGAUCAAUUUAAAUUCCAGUUUCUUCGUGGAGAAACAUCGUAAAGUUAAUGUACCCGCGCUACGCAGUGACACUGAGAAUGAAAGCUCCGAGGAGGAGGAUCUCGAGAAUGUCAGUCAAACUAGUAACAUCGAAUUGUUCACUCAGGUUUUAAAAAAUUUAGAAAGAUCACAGAAACUCGAAGCCAAUGAUGAUUGUAUCAAGCAGGAGGAAUCAUCUCCUGAACACACUGCGCCACAAAAGAAAGAGGAAAAGGUGCAAGUACCAAAGAAGGAGGUUGACAAUGUAUCAUCAAAUGAAAUCAAUGAACUUCUGCUGCAAGGAGAGACCAGUGGAAAUUCUUCCAAUAAAAAGAGCCUCAAACAGGUAACUAUAAAGGAAGAGGAUGACACAGAGGAUACUCCAGAGUAUACUAUCCCAAAGGAUGGUGUUAAGAUCAUUUUGCCUGGUACUAGCUUUACGUCAAAUAGAAAGAAAAAGAGCAGCCAAGAUUUGAUGACUAUUUUGAAAAGGAAAUUGAGAGCAAAUCAAGUAUACAUAGAGAAAGUAGGUUUACUUUGUUGGCUGGCUUACGGAUUUCACUUGAACCGCCAAGCAAAUCAGCCUGAAGUAAUGUCAACUGUGUUGUCCUUAAUGUCGUCUGACAAAUACCCAAAGAACAGGAUCGAUCUCACGUAUUUGGAGAAAUUUACAAAAUGGUUCAAACGUAUAUUUGAAAUUGAAGCUGUUGAAAGCAACGGUAACGCAUGUAUAAAUAAUGAAAAUUUGUUAAAGUUAUUGCGGGAAAAGAAGAUUACUGAUUAUAGGGAGCUGGUUGUGCUAUAUGUUGCCAUGAUGAGAGCUUUGGGUUUGCAUUGCCGUUUAGUUGUAUCACUUGGUCCACCUCACAAAGCACUGAGCGAUAAUCCAAUAUUUAAACUUGAUUCGAAGGGGCAACAGGAUAAGUCAAAAAGUAAAUCAGCUAAAGAGAAAACCAGUGCAAAAUCCAAGAAAAAGGAACCACCUGAAAAAGAAAUCAUUAUUCAAAAUAGCCCAGAAGCAAAGAAGAACGCCAGCAUAGAAGCUAAGAAGAGGGCAGCAGAAAUUUUACGUUUAAAGUCACAAACCAAGGUGAAAAAAAUUAAAUCUGACGCUACCCAAGAUUCUAAGACAACAAUCAACGCAGCCAAAGAUUCAAGUGUCAAACAUACUGGAAAGAAAAGUGAGUCCAGUACAGUAGAAGGUAACAAAAAUGUGUCCAGUGUAAGGCAGUUGAGAUCUAGAAAACUUAAUAUUUCGUCUGAAGAUGAUCAGUCUAAGAAGUCUACAGAUUCAAGUUCAAAGAACAAUAGUACAAAGUCAAAGUAUUUCAUAGAAGAAGAAUCUACAGAUUCUGAGGCAGAAUUUCAACCUAAGUUGAAACGCGUAAUGAACAAAAAAUGGAUCAACGAGAAAGAAGAAAAGGCACAAAGUUCCAAGACUAGCAAGAAAACUAGUAACAAGUUAUUAUCUUCUGACAGUGAAAAUGAGGAAACAAACAAAGGAAGGAAGUCCCAAGAUCUAUGGGCUGAAGUAUACCUAGAAUCAGAAGAAAGUUGGAUCUGUGUGAGUGUAAUGGAAGAGAAGGUUCAUUGUGUUACCGAAAUAUAUAAAAAAGCAAAGAAGCCUGUAUUAUACGUAGUAGCUUGGAACUCUGAGAACUUGAUAAAGGAUGUGACUAGACGUUAUUGCUCACAUUGGCUCACAGUUACGCGUAAGGAACGCAUCGACGAGAAAUGGUGGACGGAAACGCUGUCCUAUUGGAAGGAAAAAAAUACUGCUAUAUCUAGAGCCGAAGAUCAGAUGCUUUUAGACAAAGAACUGGAGCAGCCGUUGCCUAAAACCAUUGGCGAAUGUAAAGGACAUCCAUUGUACGUCAUUGCGAGGCAUUUACUGAAAUUCGAAGCAUUGUACCCUCCAGAUUGCGUACCAUUGGGGCACACUUCCUCGGGUGAGGCCAUUUACUCUCGUCACUGUGUGCACAGCCUUUGCUCGAGGGAAACAUGGCUGAAAAAAGCUAAAGUCGUGAAACCAAAUCAGGAACCUUACAAAAUAGUGAAAGCUCGUCCGAAAUAUGACAAGCUGUCUGGAGCGAUAAUCAAGAAUUCAGCGCUGGAAGUGUUUGGUGAAUGGCAGACCACAGAUUACGAGCCACCAGAAGCAAAGGAUGGUAUUGUACCACGAAAUGAAUAUGGAAAUGUAGAUCUGUUCAAGCAGUGUAUGCUUCCAAAGGGCACUGUCCAUAUAAAUCUUCCAGCGUUAAACCGUAUCGCUAGAAAGCUGAACAUCGAUUGUGCGCCAGCUGUGGUGGGCUUCAACUUUGGGUGUAUGGGUGCGGUGCCCGCUAUCGAAGGGUAUGUUGUUUGUUCCGAAUACGAAGAUAUCUUGAGAGAAGCCUGGGAGACGGAACAAGUUGAAGCAGCUAAACGGGCUAGGGAGAAACUAGAGAAGAGAGUUUAUGGGAAUUGGAGAAAAUUGAUCCGUGGUUUACUUAUAAGGGAACGACUCGCAGCGAAGUACGAUUUUUCGCAGGAAGUGGAAUCGACGGCCACGAGCAAACGAACGAAAUACAAGAAAACAGAUGCGAAGAAAGCCAAAGUCUCUUAAAAGAGUUAUCAGUAACGCAGACAAUUCUCCUUUUGAAACGUGUUUCCUCAUGGUUGCAGGACAACUGAUACUCAUUUCAAAAUA